AAAGCCCGAGGGGAGGGAGGAAAUGGAUCCCCGGCUGUGCUCGGCACAGUACUUGGGGAAAACGAAACUGGUAGUGAUGUUGGUUUCAGGAUGGGGAAACAUGUGAUUUCUAGGAAAUGUUAAACCUAAUCGAAAAAGAGAGCUAAACGCAGAGAGGAAAUGAAACACGAAAGUGUAAUUUUUGGCAGAUAUCCACAGAGAGUGCUUUGUGUGUGUGUGUGUGUGUGUGUGUGUGAUUCAAAUUUGUAUCCCUCCCACAAUACAGGCAGGAGAUCGUGCUCUCUCCAAUCCAGCUACCACAAGCUGCGCGGUCAGAAGUGCCUUUUCCCAGCUAAGAUGGACGCCGUACUGUACAACCACUACGAGGAGAAGAUUAGACCCAGCAUUGACCUCAUCGACUCGCUGAGGGCACUGGGGGUGGAUCAAGACCUGUCCCUGCCGGCCAUCGCUGUAAUCGGGGACCAGAGCUCGGGGAAGAGCUCUGUGCUGGAGGCGCUGUCUGGGGUGUCGCUGCCCAGAGGGAGCGGUAUUGUGACGAGAUGCCCUCUCGAGCUCAGACUGAAAAAGGCUAAGGGGGAGAACGUUUGGAAGGGGCGGAUUAGCUACAAAAACUACACAAAGGACCUGACUGACCCAGACGAAGUGGACCAAGAGAUCAUGAAAGGCCAGAACACCAUGGCCGGCCGGGACCUUGGCAUCAGCUCCGAGCUGAUCAGCCUUGAAGUAGAGUCGAGCAAUGCUCCGGACCUCACGUUGAUAGACUUGCCCGGGAUUGCCAGAGUUGCCGUGGGAAACCAGCCACAGGAUAUCGGGGACCAGAUCAAAGACUUGAUUAGUUCCUACAUUGAAGAAGAUAAGACCAUUAACCUGGUGGUCAUCCCCUGCAAUGUUGACAUAGCAACCACCGAGGCCUUGAAGAUGGCCCAGUUGGCUGACCCUUCAGGAGAGAGAACGUUAGGUAUCUUAACGAAGCCGGACCUGGUUGACAACGGAACGGAGGAGACUGUCCUUAAAGUCAUGCGAAAUGAGGUCGUGGCUCUGAAGAAAGGGUACAUGGUCGUGAAGUGCCGAGGGCAGAGAGACAUCAAUGAAAAACGGACCCUGGCUGAGGCAGUGGAGAGCGAAAAGGCUUUCUUCAAGAAAAAUGUGCAUUUCAGGGGCCUAUUGGAAGAAAGGUUGGCAUCGAUCCAAUACGUGGCAUCCCGACUCACCACCGAACUCGUCUCCCAGAUCAGGAGAACUCUGCCAAUUAUUGAGAAUGAAGUCCGGGGCAGAAUUGCUGAAACGAACAAGGAGUUGGACACGCUCGGAUCAGGAGUACCAGAGGAUGAGGACGAUAAAAUCCCCUAUCUUAUCGAUAAACUACGAGCCUACACCGAGGACAUCUUCAGCGUAACUUUGGGCGAAUACUCAAAGGAAUACAGAGACGAGGAUAAACUGUACACAGUGGCACGAAGCAGCUUUGGAGAAUGGCGUGAGCACCUGAAUAAGAGUGAAGACGAAUUUAAGGAGAUCAUGGAAAAUAAGGUGCUCGAGUAUACCGAGAAGUCUCGUGGGAGAGAAUUACCCGGAUUCACAAACUACAGAAUAUUUGAGUCACUGGCCAAGACUCAGAUCAUGAAGUUGGAGGAGCCUUCGCUUAUGUUACUGAAGGAGAUCGCAGAGCAUGUGCAGUCAGUGUUGAACAGAUUGGCUCUGGAACAUUUUGAGGGGUUUCCGAAUUUGAUUAAACUUACCAAGAGCAAGAUUGAUGAAAUCCGUCAGAAGCAGGAGAUGGUGGCGGAGGAGUUGCUGAGGAUAGUCUUUAAAAUGGAAAAGAUGGUCUACACCCAAGACACCAUGUACAGCAAUAAACUAAACCAAACCCAGGACAAUUGGCCCAAACCGCAAAUGUCAAGUGACCUCAAUCCAGAGAGACUACUUAUUUCUGUUGAUGCUGAUGCCACUGCAAUGUCCAUCCAUCUGUUAACUUACUUUCAGAUUGCUUCAGGCCGGUUGGCUGACCUGAUUCCCAUGGUGGUCCGCUUCUACCUGCUGCAGGAGGCGGCCAGUGAGGUGCAGAAAGAGAUGCUGGGCUUCCUGCACAACAAGGAGGGCGUGGAGGACCUGCUGCUGGAAGAGGACAUCAUCGCUGAGAAGAGGAUGAUCCUCCAAAACCGCCUGGAGAGGCUGGUCAAAGCACGGCAGAUCCUAACUCGGUGCUGAGGCUUGAAGCCACCCAUAAUCCUCGCCUGCGUCAAACUCUGGUCCAGACCCCCAUCACCCCAGUCUUUGCCAGGCUCCCUCGCUCCUUCGCUCCCUCCCUCCCUCCCUCCCUCUCUCCCGUAGUUCAGUGUCUAACGAGCACUCACCUCGUUCAAUUCCCAGCACGGCGAAAGGUUGAGCAAGUUUCCACACACCUAUGUUUACUUAGCAGUAGGUAGGAACUUGGUUGUUAGGUGGAUCGCUUUUCC